AAAACUUAUAAUGAUUCUUAUGUUGAAGUUUUUUGCAGAUUGUUGUUUAAGUUCUCCCAUUGACGACGCGGGACACCACAGUUUCAGUUUUCCCUGUACAUCUGUCAUGUCCUCUUUCGGUGCGGCCAAGAUGGCUUUAGCACGCCUGCCAAGACUAAAUACAUGCGUAAGUUUAUCCAGAUAAUAAGCUAAUAUUUAUAUCCGUAUUCUGCUGUCAAUUAAGUACAAAACCCAACUCCAAAGAUGAUGGGAAGAUGUGUGAAGCAACGUAAUUGCGUUAAUCAAUGUAGUACAGUAAUUCUGUCCUCAUGUAGUCCAUCCAUGUUUUGUGCUUAAACAAAUUGGAUGCAGACUUCUGUCGACGUCCCACGUUCAAAAGGCUGGAGCCCCUGAAUUCUCCAGUAUUUUGGAGGACCGCAUUUUAGGGCAAACUUUACAAACAAACUUAGAGGAAACUGGGCGCGUUUUAAGUAUUGGUGAUGGUAUUGCUCGCGUCUAUGGCCUAAAAAACAUACAGGCUGAAGAGAUGGUGGAGUUCUCGUCUGGUCUCAAGGGUAUGGCCCUCAACUUAGAACCUGACAACGUCGGUGUAGUCGUCUUUGGUAAUGAUAAACUUAUUCGUGAAGGCGAUAUUGUCAAAAGGGCAGGAGCCAUUGUUGACGUACCCGUUGGCGAAGAAUUACUUGGUCGGGUAGUUGAUGCUCUAGGUACACCGAUUGAUGGGGCCGGUGCAAUCAACACUAAAACAAGACAGCGUGUUGGGGUUAAAGCCCCCGGUAUCAUACCCCGCAUUUCUGUCCGCGAGCCAAUGCAAACAGGAAUUAAAGCUGUCGACAGCCUUGUUCCCAUUGGUCGGGGUCAACGUGAACUUAUCAUCGGAGAUCGUCAGACGGGUAAAACAGCUAUUGCAGUAGACACCAUUAUUAAUCAGAAGCGUUUCAACGAAGCAGCGGAUGAAAAGAAAAAGCUUUAUUGUAUUUACGUCGCCAUCGGACAAAAACGUUCAACAGUUGCGCAGUUGGUCAAACGACUUACUGACUCAGAUGCCAUGAAGUAUACAAUUAUUGUAUCCGCAACAGCUUCUGAUGCAGCUCCUCUUCAGUAUCUAGCUCCAUAUGCAGGAUGUGCAAUGGGUGAGUAUUUCCGUGAUAAUGGGAAACACGCAUUGAUCAUAUAUGAUGAUCUGUCAAAGCAAGCAGUUGCUUAUCGACAAAUGUCAUUGUUAUUACGAAGACCUCCAGGAAGAGAAGCGUAUCCUGGUGAUGUAUUCUACUUGCAUUCACGAUUGCUUGAAAGAGCUGCUAAAAUGAAUGAUUCAUACGGAGGAGGUUCACUCACAGCUCUUCCUGUCAUUGAAACCCAGGCUGGUGAUGUAUCUGCAUAUAUUCCAACCAAUGUCAUAUCUAUUACCGAUGGACAAAUAUUUUUGGAAACUGAAUUAUUUCACAAAAGUAUUCGACCCGCUAUAAAUGUUGGUCUUUCUGUCAGUCGCGUUGGUUCUGCAGCUCAAACUAAGGCAAUGAAGCAAGUUGCUGGCCGCAUGAAGUUGGAACUUGCCCAGUAUCGAGAAGUAGCCGCUUUCGCUCAGUUCGGUUCUGAUUUAGAUGCAUCGACUCAGUCGUUGUUAAAUCGAGGUGUACGAUUGACAGAACUCUUGAAACAAAAUCAGUAUGCUCCAAUGGCAAUUGAACAACAAGUAGUCGUAAUAUAUGCUGGUGUUCGAGGACAUUUAGACAAAUUGGAUCCAUCUAAAAUCGUUCUUUUCGAACAAGACUUCCUCAAAUUUGUCUUGGCAAACCAUCAGGAUCUGUUGAAAACUAUUCGUGAAGAUGGAGAACUCAAGCCACAAACUGAUGAAAAAUUAAAGAAGAUUGUUGUCGAUUUCAUAGCUGGAUAUCAAGUGUCUGCAUAGGCAAUCAGAUAGUAGUACUUUUUCAUCAUAUUACUUAUGCUUCCGUCAGCAGUUUUAUGUACUUAGUCUUAUGAACAAUAAAAAUCUCUCAAAAGCAGUGUUUCAUGUAAUUAGAUUGAUUUCCUUACUUACAAAGAAAAGAUUGAGUCAAACGAAUCAGAUUCUCCAAAAAAUUUAUUUUUUAUCUGGGGUUCUCGUUUCCAAACAAUGAGAACUACCAGGUACUAAGAAAAACCACAAGAUUGAAAAUGUUCCUUGUUCUUAUUAGAGAUUAGGAUUAGAAUAUGUUAUAGGAGUCAUUAUUCACUGACUUAAUACUUCGUAAACAACAGUCAUUGUGUUCAUACUUGUACAGUCGACCUUAAAUUUGGUGGAUUCAGUAAUAACCUGUUUGGUCUCAAACAGUGAAAUAACUUUUAAUUGCUAGUUGAUUCUGAAUCUCACUGUCAUGUGUGCUGCAUUGUUUGGUCAUAGUUCUCUCCUCAAUUCCUAUUACAGAUAACUACCUACUUAGUAUUAGUGGCGUGUAUUGUGUAUCUGCUGGCUGGGUUUGUAUUUGACGGCAAACUAUUUCCAUUUAUGAUGCAUGCUAACUUUUAAGCAAAGGAGUUGGAAGCGCAAGCCUCAAAAACUGCACUCCAUUUCGCUCGUUAACUCUCUUCUUCCAAUGGUAACGUUAUGUAAGUUUCGAUCCAACCUUACCUAUCAAACCUAGAUGCUCCAAUUGGUCUCAAAUAUAGAUUAGCAUAGGAUGCGUAGUCUAUCAUCGUGCUGUUUAGAUCCAGCAGUCGGUUCAUUCCACUCAUCAGGUUUGUGAGCAUACUAACUCUGCACGACCAUGUUAUUUUUUAAAUUAUUUUUUGUGUGCACUUCUGAGUGAGGCUUUAUACUUAUUCGAUCAGUUACCUAAUAACUUCGAGUUCGCAUUCUUCUGUGCAGUUUUUAAUAAAGUCAAUUGUUAUAAGGUUACAAAAAUUCUUUGGAAUAAAAUUUCGUUUGAUGUAAGUGUAGGGUGAUAUGCUACAUAGUCUGUGAACAUCCUCAAAUAUUAUUUCGCAUCAAACAGACACGUCGAGAAGUUCUGAUCUGUUCGAUGUUUUGAGUGUCGAGUCGUGAAUCUGGUCGGAUUUUAACAUCAAUACUUAAAGUGAAGCUGGAUUUAAUUCCAGGCACUUAUUUCCAGUCCUGUAGACUUUCAUUAUACGGAUGAAUUACUUAUUUCAUUUUGUCAAGUGCCUGAUGGUUCUAAUGAUAAUCAUUUGUUCGAACUACCGUAGGUGAGACGGCAAUAUCUGUUUUGGAUGUAUGAAUUGUUCUGUUUAAUUUGGAGUAGAAUAGGGGGGUCUCGAAAUUAGUCUUGAUUCACACUCGAAUGUGAUUAUUACUGAAGUUUCUCCAAGAUGUGCCAAAGCAAAAAGUUGCAUUUGAAAUAGAAGUUGGCGAAAGAUCAGUGUCUAAAAACUUUUAAACCGAAUCAGUAACUGUGAAUAGGUUAUUUCUCCCACCAAAUGUAAGAUCAUGUUACAGAACUGGACUACACUGACUCCUAGUUUAGAAAUAGGGAGUGAAGUGGUAGAGCACGUUGACCGCUUCACUUAUUUGGGAAGUACCAUCAGCCAACGCCAGAGGGUCGAUAGCUGACGAAAUCUAAGCACGCCGUCUCUGGCGCAAACGUGACAUCCGGCUAUCGGUCAAAGGACGUCUGUGCUGCUCAGCAGUCCGUUACGUCCUCCUUUAUGGCUGUGAAACGUGGUCAUUGAAAAUGGAAGACAUGAAAAGACUAGCUGUCUCAGACCAUAGGUGCCUGCGUUCUGUCUCCCGCUUUAAGUGGUAUAAUAGGGUGAGUAGUAUUGAGGUUGGACGUCGAGUGCUAGGUUAGGAGCGGAAAUCAAUCGACGAGGCUGUGAAGUUACGUCGGCUGGGAUGUUUAGGACAUGUGUUACGUAUGCCUAGUCAUCACCUCCUUCGACGGGAAAUGUUAGCUGGCCUAGAGUCAGGCUAGAAAAGAGCUAGCGGCGGUCAAACGAAAACAUGGUUUCAUCAGUCAAUGAACUCCACAACAGUUAGUUUAAGCCAUGUAGUAAGGUGCAGACUGCCUGAGUGGUUGGGGUCCUCGGGACGGUAAAAACCAAUGGCUGGAAACAAUUGUUGAUAUGGAUCAAAAUCGUUCUUAAUGGCUGGCGCUGAUGCAUCUACUCAUUGUGAAUUGUAAUUUUCAAAGGAACUGUAUUGUUCUUCUUUAUUACUAUUCCUCUUGUCUCAUAUCCCUGUAUACUGUCUCUAUUUUGCAUUUCUUCUCUUGCUUUGUGUGCUACAUGAACUGCUACACAUCGGUGCAAAGUUCUAUGUUGACAGGUUAUUUCUCAGUCC